AUGGCUAAGCGUUUCAUAGGUCCCAAAACAAAUACGUUGGUUAUCAAUGAGAGAUGUAAAGUUAUUUGUCAUGAGGAACAAAACUAUCAGACGGAAAUAUUAAAUAAUAUUCUAUAUGGUUUAAGGGAAGAAUUAGCAAUACAGUUAUUUUUUGGAUUUUAUAAUGAUCGAUUAUGGGAUUAUAAUAUAUUUAUAGUGGACUCGCAUGAGUCAUUUCUAUUUGUACGCUAUAAAUUACCCAGCACAUGGCAGGAGCGUUUCUUCAACUUUUUCAUUCUGCUGACUUGGAGCUCUAACAAUGAAGUAGAAUUCAAUGAAACUCUAUACAAAAUAUUUAAUACAGCUUUCAGAUAUAACGUCAGAAACGUGGUUAUAAUGUGUAAAGCCUUCAAUGGAGACCACAUCAGUUUUUACGCUUAUGAAGUCUUCAAUAAUGAUCAAAGCGCAAAUAAUAUUACUAUACACGAAAUUAAUCGUUACGAAAAUGGAACUCUAAAGAAUGAAUUUUUAUUUCCCGAUCACAUUAAUGAUUUCCACGGUUGUUGGUUAAAUGUAUCGGCACAUAAAGUGCCACCACUUUUAACAUUCCAUGGCGAUGUAAACAAUGAAACACAUUUAAUAGAGAUUAAUCGUUUGAGUGGUAUUGAGGGUGAUAUUUUAAGAGCGAUCAGCAAAUCUUUAAAUUUUAAAAUUCGUUUACGUUUUCCUGAGGAAGGGAAUAUAAUUCAUUAUUACUCAGAUUCAGAGGGCUGUUUUGGAGAUCUGGAUAGAGAACGUUCGCAUAUUGCCAUAGGAGGUUUCAGUUCGACUCAGUGGAAUAGCGAUAAGUAUAGUAAAUCCUUUGUUUAUCAUAAUACCCCAUAUGUAUUUGUGAUUCGUAGUGGUGUAUGUUUUGGUCCAAUCAAACAACUACUCAAUCCUUUAUGUCUCUCCACCUGGACAUUUCUACUGAUUUUGUUUUCUGCUUCAUUUAUUUUCACUAAAUUAACACAUAAGAAACCAAAAGUACGUGACUUUGUAUUUGGAUCGAAGAAUAAAACGCCAAUAUGUUCAAUGUUUAUAAUUUUCUUCGGCAAUGCAUUACCAACUCGUUUAAUACCGAGACGAAAUUUUGCUCGAUUUCUUAUGGCCGCCUGGUUAUUGCUUUCAUUCGAAGUACGCAAUGGUUAUCAGGGCAAAAUGUUUGAUAGUUUACGUUUUUCGCAACGUAUACCAAUGCCGCAAAAAAUGACACAACUCAUAGAACAGGAUUACACCCUACUGACUCAUCUAUAUCAUGAUUUCUAUCCAGCAAAUAAAACACAAAUCAUAGCUAACACCACUAGACGCAUGCAUAUGCUACAGAUGAGUACUUCAAGAUUAACUUCCACGGCUCUGUUGGAUUCUUUGGCACAUUACAAUUAUAAGAAUUGGAAAACUAGCACCUUGACAUAUGUCGGAGAAACCAUACACUCCUUUCCAUGUGUAAUGUACUUUAGAAAACAUUCUAUGUUACGUCCGAGUAUCGAUCGAAAAUUGAAGAUAUUCUCCGAUGCCGGCAUUACUGCUUUCAUUGCAAGGAAACAUGUUCGUGCCGAGUUCCUGAAAAUGAAUACCCGUUCAGAGUUUAAUUGCUUACCCGUAAAUCGCAAAGAUUGGAAAAAUUAA